AUGUGGAGUUUUGGUAUGACCUCUCCGUCCACGGAAUGGGGCCGAGCAAUGCUGAUCGUGUAUGGGUUACCCGGAUGUGCCGCUUGUAUCCUCUUCUUCAACAUAUUCCUCGAGCGCCUUAUCACGUUCCUGGCCUACGUCAUGAAGCAAUGCCACGAGCGGAGGAUACGCAAGAUCAAGGACCAGCACCAGAACGGCCAGGCUAAAAAUGGCGGACGGCGGCCUUCGGAACAGUCGGACGACGACCUGGAAAACUGGAAGCCUUCAGUGUACUGGGUCUUACUAUACCUGGGUAUAUCAGCCACCGCCAUUGCCUGCAUCGCCUCCGCAGUUUAUACCCAUGCAGAGACAGGAUGGGAUUUUCUGGACAGUUUCUAUUUCUGUUUUGUCGCUUUCAGCACGAUUGGUUUCGGGGACUAUGUGACAAGUCAGGAUUAUACGUACGACCAUCAGUACUUGUAUCGUUUUGGUAAUUUUAUCUUCCUUACAGCGGGAGUGUGUUGUAUCUAUUCUCUCUAUAAUGUAGUAUCUAUCGUGAUUAAACAGUUCUUGAAUUGGGCCAUCAAGAAACUUGACUGUAGGUGUUGCGUCCGGAAGCGACCGCGGCCGCGGCGGAACGCAAUCACCCCAGGUCAUCUCCAGAGACAAAUGAACUCUGCCGGGAAACGCCACAAUGGCCCGGGUAAUGUGGAGGUCACUGAUUAUGACAGCGAGACGGACGGACGUCGGAUGUCUGAUGAGAUGAUCAGUAUGAAGGAUUUCUUGGCAGCAAAUAAAGUGUCAUUAGCCGUCAUGCAAAAGCAGCUUUACGAAACAUCCCAGCACCGACACCAUUCCAGCAAGAAUGGUGUGGGACAAGGACUUAGCCAGGGAGUAGGGGGCCUCGCCAUGCUGAAUAACAAACUACAAGAGACAGACAGGCGCGAUUGACAAUUACUGAGAAAUGUCAAUCGCCUUUAGAAGAGAAUGCUUCGCAGCAAAGUCAUUACCUAAAUUAGUUGCCUUCAUCAAGCGAGGAUAAACCGACGAGUGUCUAAAAUCUGUUCUACAAGAUGCCGCUGGGAUAAAAAGCACAGGAAUACCAAAAUAUAAUAUUUCAAAAUAUAUCCUACCCAGAAAUCGCAUUUUAAUGCUAUCCCGUAAGCAAACUCAGCACCAAAAUAUCAGGAAAAAUGAUAAGAUGAUUGCAUCACCUUACCCACGACGAACCCUCACGUGGAGGUUCGAUGCCGAUCCCGUAGCCUAGGUAACGAAAAGCAAUCUACCUAAUGGCCUAUGCAAAUGUAAUCUACAUUACCAAAGGAACGCGUAAAGAGCAUAUAUGGAAGCCCGUUGUCAUGGUGUCUCCACAACUCAACUUUGUGACUUUGAUGAAAAAGCACACGUCUGGAUGGUGUGUCUAUUCACUAGAAAUACAAUCUGCAACAUGAAAGAGAUUAUUUGAUCGCGUAAAUGAAGAUGAUAGACUCGGCAUGAUGCUAAAACUUUAAUGGAGCUAUCCAGAGGUUACAUAGCUCUUUGUGAAUGGGAGGUCAGAUACAAAAUAGCAAAUUAUAAUUAAGAAAUCAACCUGAUUCACGUUUGGAAGAAAACUAGCAUAAAUUAACGAAAAUUUUGAAUUUCUUGUGUUGAUCCGUUCAUUCUGUAAAAAUGUUAACGUAAAGUGUUUAGCCGAAAGUAUCUGCAUCCUACGAAUUGCUGCAAAACCUGACCCUAUAAUAAGGAGUCUCUGCCCGGAAUGGAUUGUUAGAGUUAAUAAAAGGAUAACAAAUGAUCACAUUCAUCUAGCGAACAAAGUUCACAUCUAAAGAUCAAACUAAACAUUCCCAUCUCAGAUCAAAUAUUUAUUGUGUUUUUGUUACUAAACAUCAAAACUUUCAACAAAUUCGCAUUGUCUUAAGAGAAUAAAGUUGAACAAAAUUGUAAGUAUCCUAAAUUCAUCAGUCAAUUUCAAGGUGAUCUUUACACCUGGUAUUUAUAUUGAUGAAUAUUCGAUGGAAAUAAUUAUGAUUGUGAUUUUAAUGCACGUUUAACUUUUUAUAAGAUAUGUUGCCUGCGUAAUUGCUAUGAAUAAUGAUAAUGUUUAACACGGCCAAUAUCUAAAUCACAAAAAAUAGAAUUAUUUCAACUAAACGCAUGUCGGUUGUUCUUAUUUUAUAUUUCCAUCCCAAUUUAAAAAAAACACUCGAGAAAAUUGAUAUAACUCUUUUUUAAAAAUAAUUUUUAUCGAAUCUCCCACACUGCCAUACUAUUUCAAAUGCAUCAUUGUGAUACUUGAUGGGAUAAUUCCUCUUGCAGCUCCAAAAAGCUAAACUGGAAUGAACUUUGCAAUAUGUCGUGAAAAUAACUAAAGAAUGUUUUUCAUCAAUGCGUCGGCAUUGGAAAUAGCUGUGCCAUUAUAGCGACACCCACAUUACAUCCCUAGUGAUAAAAUAGGCUGACGUAGGGAUAUCAAAAGAUAGCAGAAUUGUAUAAAACACGGGUAUUUGUUUUGUCUCUCGCCGUUUGACGAUAUCACCCUCUUAUCCAAUUACAAUAUAAUGCUCAUGGAAAAUUAAAAUGUGAUAUUUUAACAAUGGAAAUGUCAAUCUGUGAUAUCAAAUUAUUUUCUCGCAUUCAAAGUUUAAUUGCAUUCGGCAUUUCGAAAUGAUCAUGCGCAAUGUAGCGAAAAGUAGAUACGCUAAGCCUAUAUCAGCCUUUUCAAGAGUUACGUAAUCAACUAUAUAGUAUGCAAAUAUAUUAGGGAAUUUAGAACAAUGGUUCACAAAGUGACCUUAUAUCAAUUUUUCAUGAACAAACAUACAUUUUCAUACGUGUGUAUAUGUAUAUAUUUAUGAACAUUUUAGAAUAUACUGUUAAGACCAGUGUUUCAUUAUUUAUUUUUGUUUGCACUGAGGUCAUUAAUAAUUAUGUAAUCGAAUGAAAAUUUCAUUAUGUAGUCAGUGCAAAAUGCGUUGCCGUAGCCUUGAACUUUUUUUAAUUUUAAAUAUCUUGAGAAGCGUUUAUCAGAGAAUCGUUAGAUGUGUUGUGAAGAACAGAACAGCGAAUUCCAAACUAAAAGAAAAUUUGUUAUUUUCCAAAUGUUUAUGUUCUCUUUUUUUAAUGCAAAUUUCUCUCUUUUUAAUGCAAAAUAUCACUGAGUUUUUGUGACUUUAAUAGAAACUUCAUCAGUAAAGAAGUUGAGGCUGAUUACGCUGAUGACGAGUUAAAAGUAAAAAAUUGUGACUAACUUCGAUUUCACGAGACAUAGAACAUAAUAUUUCCUUCACUAUUGUCCAUAUUAUGUGGCUUGUUUGGGAAAUGUACUAUUUCUCUCAGGGCCAGUCAAUAUUGAUAUAAUGUACAUGCAUAUUCUAAUCCAAUGCAAUGUAAUGAAAUUUUAUAUAGUAAAAAUCAGGUUCCAUAGAUUGGCUUUCUAUUUCACACUUAAGUAAUUUCAAUUAUUUAUUUGAUGACCAUCAUCAGUCCAAGAGAGAGAAAGAAAGAGAGUGUGAAAAGGAGAGAGAGAGAGAUUGUAGCAUCAUUGAUAGAAAUGCCCCCCCCCUGGGCCACCGCCUAUGAUCACAUAUUUGGGUUUUUUCAGUUAGUAUCACUAUUUAUAUUACAAUGCCAUUUUUUUUUUCAAUAUAUUUGGAGAGAUUGUGAAGGUUACACUUUUUUUAAUCUCUUAGAUAAUAUUCCAUGUAAACCAAUCGUUCUUUAUUUUUUUUGGGGGGGAGGGGUGUACGGGAGUAUAUUUCGAUAUGCUUUGGUGCACUUCUAUGUAAUCAUUAUCAAACUGAGAUAGCAAUAUAUAGUAGUUGGCACUGACUAAUAAUAAUUUAACAUGUUUAAACUUGCAGCGUGCAAACACACAACAUUUGAUAUCAUUUUCAGCACAAAAUAUACUUGGAAAUGAAUGAAAAUGGUCAUUCCCCCCAAAAAAAAAAAAUUAAAGAACGAUUGGUUUACCAAAACAAAUAAAUAACAUGGAGUACAAGGCAAUCACCCUGUAAAUUGGAGAAUAUCCGCAGGAUAUGUACUUCUUAAGAAAAUGAUAUUAGAGCACGGAUAACACCAAUAUGAGGAUUUCUGUAGGUAAACCGUAGUAAAGAUAUUUCGUUAUCCUUUUUUACCCAUAUUUGUGUCCACUUGUCAGACUUCAGUCCACAAAUGGUAUAGUCGCACAAACGAAACCGACUCCAUACCGACCGAUAAUAUGGCAUUCGAUAUAACGUUAUAGCUUUGAUAGGUCUUGAUUCAGUUUCAUUGGUAUAACUUUACCAUACAGCGUUCAAGUGUCGCGGCUUAUUUUGAUAUUUAUAUUAAAUAAAUGUAUUAUUGGCUGUAUUUAAGGAUCAGCGCGUGGCUCGAUGGUGUGGUUAUUAUAGCAAUACAGCGAUAUUAGAUAAUGCAGAAUAAAAUCGAAGAUUACGAACUAUUUUAUAUAACAUAUACCAAUAGAUUUAUUACUUCGAGAAAACUUAUGUUAUUUUUUUUCACAAUAUCUUAUGAAAGUGAUAUUUUUAUUAGGGAAUUAUUAUAAAUGAUGAUGCGACUUGUUUGCAUUUCUAUUAGAUAUUUCAUUAACACAUGAUAGACAUGAGUCGAUUGUAAUAUUCUAACAGGGAAGCAUAUACUUCAAACUUUAUAUAAAUAAUGACCGAUAUAUAUGAUCGGAAUUGCUUUAAAAUGUAGUUAGAAGAAGAGGUCUAGUGUUAUUUUCUAUAACGAUUUCAGUUUCUAUACUUGUAAAUAUGAUAUAUUUUCUUCCACGCCGAAAUUAACUGUUUGCUUAUCAUCUAUUCCGAUAGUUUUUACCAGAUAAUUAUUUUGAUGAAUUUCCAUGAUUUUUAUAACCUUACAAAUGUGAUGAUUUUGUCGUGUCAUGUAAUGCUUGUGACUCCUUUUCGGGGUGGCAUUUAUUGCUUAGGAAUACUUUGUCGGUAAAACCAUUUCCGUUCAAUGUUGGCGUAUUUAUCAUAAUGAAUGGAAAGUUUAAAUAUUUUCUAUCUUUCUUUUGCACAUUAUCUGUGGAAGGAAGAAAUAUACAAUUAGUCAUACCAAAUCAUGAUUUAGAAUAAAUAUAUACAACUUGCGAAAAACCAAGAAAAACCUCGCAUAAGUUUUUAGUGUCCAUGUUUUUGUUAAAAGUGUACACUCCUACGAAAUUUGAUAUAGACACUGUUUCUGUAUCAUAUUCAGUAUACUGGCCAAUAUUUUUCAACUGUUAUAAGUUUAAUGUGUCGUUGACAAUUUUAUGCUUGCUGAAUUAGUUUAUGAAGUUACUACUUUGCUCGCACCUUGAUAAGGUAUAUGGACAAAUCAUACAUCUCAGUUGGUAACUGAUUAUUUUGAACAUAAAUGCUUCUAACUCCUAUAUAUGUAUUAAAUAUAUUUCAUAUCAGCGAAGACAAAUAAUGAAAACAUCUGAAACUGAGAGGCUGAGAUAAGACAUCCGUGAACAAAUGGAUAAAAGAUCAAAUCUAAAAAAAAAAUCAUAUUUGUAUUUUGAACCGAUUGAACAAACACAAAAUUUAUUGAUCAAAUUUCUAGAAAUAGUUUUUACUAUACGCAUGUAUAUUCAUAUUUAUUGAUGAAUGUAUAAGAACGAUGAAUGCGACCAUAAUUAUCGUCGAGAGUAUUUUGAAA